AUGAACAAACAAUACACAGAUGUCGCCGCACGAGCAGCGGCGCAAAAAGGAACAAACCCACCAAAAAUACCACCGAGAGGGGCGGCGACCACCUUCACGACUUUUUCUUCCCCGGCGAACGAGAAAGUGGACGCGUAUAAAGUCGGCGACUCCACGAACAUCAAAUGGCACGAAGGUUCCGUGGAUGUGCAAACUCGGGAGAAAACUAUGGGCCAGAAAGGAUGCGUCUUGUGGUUUACCGGUUUGUCCGGCUCCGGGAAGAGCACCGUGGCGUAUACGCUCGAGCACGAGUUGUUUAAAAGAGGGAACAAAGUCGUCACUUUGGACGGGGAUAACAUCCGACACGGAUUAAAUUCGAACUUAGGUUUUACCGCGGAAGAUCGCGAGGAAAAUAUUCGCCGCAUUGGCGAAGUUUCCAAGUUAUUCGCGGACGCCGGGAUGAUUACGUUGGUGUCGUUUAUUUCGCCGUAUAAGAGAGACCGCUUGAAAGUUCGAGAACGCGUCGGGGAUAAGUUUCUCGAAGUGUACAUGAAGAUUCCGUUGAGCGUGUGCGAAGAACGCGAUCCAAAAGGUUUGUAUAAAGCCGCUAGAGCUGGGAAAAUUAAAGGGUUUACCGGUAUCGACGAUCCGUACGAGGAGCCGGAAAAUGCGGAGAUUGAAAUGAAGGUUGCCGGGGAAGACGGAGUGUUGGCGCCGCCGCGAGAGAUGGCGCAAGAAAUGGUCAAGAUUUUGGAACAAAAAGGUUUCUUGAGUGCGUAA